UCUCCUGGUCAAUAAAUGGGCAUCUCUUUUGGUCCUUGCUUCCCUUCCUAAUAAUAAAUUAACAAUUAAUACAGUACUUGGUAAUUUGGGGUCCAACAACACCAUCCUCUUUUUAAUAGCACCCAUUUUCUCUUCCUAACAACAAGCUCCACCAUGAACCCGCCGGAAUUCCCCUCCGCCGCCGCCGGAACAUCUUCGCCGCCGGGAAAGAAAGAGCUCCAGCUCCAAGGGACACGCCCGCCGCCGCUCAGAGUCAGCAAAGACUCCCACAAGAUCCGCAAACCGCCGCUUCCCCCCACCGCACACCAACCGCCGCCGCCGCCGCCGCCGGAGCAGCGGAAGCCGGUGAUCAUCUACACCGUGUCUCCCAAAGUCCUCCACGUCACCGUCAGCGACUUCAUGAACGUCGUCCAGCGCCUCACCGGACCCUCCUCCGGCGCAGAACCCAAUCUCCGAGCCGGCGACGUAUCGCCGGCGGCGAGACUCGCGUCGAUCGAGAGAACGAGCCCGUCGGAGAGGGAGAAAGUUCGCAGCGAAGACAACGACGUGACGUUGAUGUUAGAAGGAGUGGAAGUGGGUCAAUUCCCCGGAAUAUUGUCGCCGGCGACGUUGCCCCCGAUAUCACCAGGGUUUUUCUCGGAAUCGCAAACGACGUCUUUUUGGAAUGACUUGAGCCCCUUUUGGUCAACGACCAGCUUCAUUGCGAGUCCGUCGGGGCUUUUUCCCGGCAACGUGAUGUCUCCGCUGCCGUCGCCGGACAUCUUUAAUCUCUUUUACUAAUUUCAUUUUCCUUUUUUUUCGGCCAAAGACUUUUCGGUUUUUUAUUUAUGAUUAAUUCAACGUUUCGCUGACUUUUGUGCCAUAAGUUUUGUAGUAGUGAGUAUACAUUGUUGUACUGGGAAAAGAUAAUCAAUGAGACAAUGAGGACUCUUCAAUUCAAACUUUA